ACCUUCUUUCAUCACUUUCCUUUGGCUCUGAAUGAGAUAAUAAUGGCUUCCAACACUAACAUUAUUGCUAAUAAGAGAGGAGUUUUGUCUCAUCUUCGUCUACAUCUUCUUCUUCGUCGUCAUCGACAUCUGCUUCUUCUUUUCUCUCUCUUAUUUGUUGCGAAAUUCGAUCUCGUUUCGGGUUUAAGUUACUCAAAGUACAGUAAGAAAGUGAGUAGCUUGAGGCUUGAAAGAAUUCAGAAACACUUGGAAAAGAUUAACAAGCCUGCUGUCAUCACCAUUGAGAGUCCAGAUGGAGAUAUCAUAGACUGUGUUCAAAAAAAGAAGCAACCAGCUUUGGAUCAUCCUCUUUUAAAAAAUCACAAGAUUCAGAGAGUUGCACCAGAGAUGCCAAAGGUGAAAAUGUUGAAAAAAGAUGAAGAGAGAAGAGAUUCAAAGAGGGGAGAAGGAGAAGAUUUAGCAUGGCAAAUGUGGCAUAGGAAUGGAACAAGAUGUCCCAAAGGAACGGUUCCCAUACGGCGGAGCACAAAUCAUGAUGUUUUGAGAGCCAAGUCUUUGUUUCACUUUGGCAAGAAACAAUCAACCAUCAUCAACCCUACGUCCCGUCGGACCGACGUGCCUGACGUCGUUAGUGGCGGCGGACACGAACAUGCGAUUGCAUACACGGGAACAUCCCAAGAGGUUUACGGAGCGAAGGCGACGAUAAACGUGUGGGACCCAUCAAUCCAAGAGGUCAACGAAUUCAGUCUAUCACAGAUUUGGAUACUUUCGGGAUCAUUUGACGGCUCUGAUCUCAACAGCAUCGAAGCUGGAUGGCAGGUCAGUCCGGAGCUUUAUGGUGACAGCAGGCCGAGAUUGUUCACAUACUGGACG